AUGUCUGAGCCCGCCGCCGCCGCAGCUACUGCCUAUGACGACUUUCAACGUGAUCUCGAGCCCAAGGAACAACCACGGGAACAUCCCGAGAGCCACAAGCACCGUAAAGACAUGGGACCAGGGGCCCACGCUGCCCACUCUGGGCCGAGGCAAACCCGCAGGAACCAUAAGAACCGCUACUACGACGACGAUAAUGAUGAUGUCUUCCCGAGCCGCGCUCGGAGUCACGACCGCUCUGCCCACCGUCAUCGCACCGCCGACGACCGCCGGAAUGACUUUGACACUUACACACCGGCAUCUCGUCACAGCCGUGAGCGGCAGCAUGCUUACCACCCACCGAAGACAAGCGAAACGAGGCGCCCCAAGUAUACAGACUUCGAGGCCGACCCGCGUCAGACCGACUAUCGGCGCCCCCGCUACGCCGAUUACGACGAUGUUGAUAUGCGAACUGCCGAGCCACAUCGGUCCCAAUACCAACAGUAUGGCGCUGAGCCUCGUGGGAGUGACAGGCGGCAGGCGCGUCAGGCCGACUACGAAGAUGUUCCCCGCGGCGGUGGCGAAUCGUAUCGCGGCCGCUAUGCUGGUUAUGAGGCUAAUGCUCGUCCUCAGCCAAGGGAUUACACCCCCUCGGGUCGCGGCCGCUUCAGAAAUGAAUCUUCCGACCGGUAUACUCAGCCUAGCAGCCAGCAGCGCCCAGUCAGAGGUCGGUCCAUGCCCAGGAAAGGGGUGAAGGGAGUUGGUCCCGCCGGCAGCGCUCGGCCUCGGGCCAAAUCGGCCGUCGGUUAUGCCGCUCUUGGUGAAGCUGCGCAGACAGCAUUCCGAGUUGGGAGUCAGGCGGCUUUGCAGAUGCGGAGCGAGCCCGGUCCCUGGAUCGGCGAGAAGGGUACGCGGGUGGCCACAGCGGCGCUUGGUGCCGCUCUGGUUGAUACCUUUGUUGGUCACAAGGCCACCGGCAUGAGGGGCGGUAUGCGCCAUCAGGCGCUCCGUCAAGCAUGCGAGAUGGGCAUCCGCAACUUCGUCAUACAGCCUACUGUCAAUACGGCAACCCGUCGGAGUGGCGCCGGCGGCGGCGAUGGUUACAGUAGUGGCGGCCAUGGUAGUAGCAGUCGCAGGCGACAUUGA